AACAGAAUUUGCAUUUAUACGUGGCCUUUAGUGUUUAAUAGAAUUAAAAUAACAAUAAUCAGAUGUUGAAGAAAGAUCUUUAUACUAUACUUUAUUCGUCUUUGGAAAAUGUGGCACCGGAACAACUUGUUAAAUCAGCUGUACACCGAAUAGGAGAUAGUCUAAAAUGUGACAAUAAAGAGUACGUUUUAAACAAAAAUGUCUACGUGGUUGGGUUUGGAAAAGCUGUGUAUAGAAUGUUUGGCGGAUUAUAUCCCCUUAUUAAUGAUCACAUUGUAAAAUGCAUUCUUAGCGUCCCACAUGAAUUCUCUCAACGAUUAUCACCUGAGGUUAUGACAAAUUCAAAUGUUCGUAUUCUAGUUGGAGCAAAGAACAACCUUCCCGAUCAAGAUGCACUAUAUAAUGCAGCUGAAAUAUCUGCUUUAGUCAAAUCAUUAUUGCCUGACGAUUUUUUGAUUUUACUUAUAUCUGGAGGCGGUAGUGCAUUACUUCCAUCUUUGGUACCAGGGGUAUCACUUGACGAUAAAUUGGGAGUUAUCAAUUUAGUUGCCAAAAGUGGUGGCAAUAUAAAGCAGUUGAAUAUAAUUCGUAAAAAUUUAUCGUCACUUAAAGGAGGGAAACUUAUUGGUUUGUGUUCUGCAACAAAUGUGCUUUCUUUAAUUAUAUCAGAUAUUGUAAACGAUCCAAUAGACUUAAUUGCUUCGGGUCCAACAGUUUAUGACGGUUCAUCAAAAAUGGAUUGUUUUAAAAUUUUUGAUGAACUUAAUCUAAAAAACGCUGUUAUCCCAGAAUCUGUUUUACAAUUUCUUCAAAAAUCUGAUAAAAAGUCAAAUUUAUCAAGAAUGUGUCAUAAUGUAAUCAUAGGAUCAAAUAAAAAACUUGCCCAAAGUGCUGCUAAUGCUGCAAUAUCAUUAAACUACGAGCCAGUAAUAAUUUCAACUGAUGUUGAAGCCGAUGCUGAGCAAACAGGUCGCGCUUUAGCGGACAUUGUUUUUGCUUUUCUUUCUUGCAAACCUUGCGAAGAAAUCUUUUCAAAAUUCAUCAACUUUCCAUCAAACGAUCUUUCUUCUCAUGUGCUGGAAUCCUGUAAACGGUUAUGUUUGAUUACUGCAGGUGAAACAACAGUAAAAGUUACAGGAGAUGGAAAAGGAGGGCGUAACCAACAUUUGACACUAGCAUUUCUUUCUCAAAUAUCUCGUUUGUAUGCUGAAAAUAAUGGAGUUAAUAUCGAUAAAAUGUGUUUUUUAAGUGCGGGUUCCGACGGUCAAGAUGGCCCUACUGACGCAGCUGGUGCAAUUUGCGAUGCUGAAAUAAUUAAGUUUGUUUUAGAAUCAAAUAUUGACGUUGAUUUAUUUAUAUCAAAUUGUAACUCGUAUUCAUUUUUCAGUGAUAUUCUCAGCGGUAAUUAUCUGCUCAAAACUGGAUUAACAGGAACUAACGUUAUGGAUAUACAGUUAAUUCUAAUUGAUCGUGAUAUAUUUUUGUAAUUUUUAAAUUUUGAUAAAAAGUUCUCCCAAAAAAGCGAAAAAUAUGAUGAUUAUCUAACACAAAUUAAACUGUAUAAAUAGAAAAAUUAAUAUAUGUUUGUAUCAGUUCGUUGUG